AUGAGCACUCGCCUGGCCAGGGGCAGGAAGAAUGAAGAACCCUGUGAACUGGAGGGAAGAGCCCUCUGCCAAGUGCCCUCUUCUUCCCUCCGCACUGGGCAGUGGGCCUGCGGUGCCCUCUGCCCGCCCCCCCGGGGGGCGGGCAUUGUGAGCCGGUUAGUCACCUGCCCCAGCCCGAGCGCCUCGCUCGGCCUCGGCGUUUGGAAAUGGGACAGGCGGCGGGACAAUAGGCAAGGGGGGCGGUCAGCCCAGACAAAGGGCAGCAGGAAAAACACCAUCACUUGCUUCGAAGCCAGCUCGCUGGCAUUUGGGAGAAUGUGUCAUUGCGUUUACUCGGGGUGGGAGGGGGGACGGAGGGGUGGGGAGGUUAGAGAUGCUGAGGCAGAGGUAGGGUGA